GUCGCUGCCAGAGCUGGAUUGAAUCCGCCGCGGCGUCUCCAUGGCAAGACCCUGGCCUCCGACUUCAACGACUUCAUAAGGAGGCGUUUCUGGGCGCAGCCGUGUCGUUCCUGGACGUUUGAUGCCCGGCCCCUGAGAUUCUCACUGACACGCCCCUCUGGGUCCCCCUGAGCAGAGCCUGCUGACCCAAUUGCCCACCUUUGCGGCUUUGAUGCCUAACCAUGUCUGCGUCAUCCUCAGGCGGCUCCCCCAGGUUUCCAUCGUGUGAGAAGAACAGAGUAACGAGCCUCAAGCAGAAAAAGGUCUUGAGGACACCUUGUGGCUCACCCAGUGUGACUGUGACGAUCAACCUUUUUUGUGUUGUCCUCCCCCACCUGCCAGAAGCGAACCAUGAAGGACCGCUCUUCAACUCCCCCCUUACAUGUUCACGUGGAUGAGAACACCCCUGUCCAUGUCCACAUAAAAAAACUCCCGAAAGCAUCAGCGACCAACAGCCAGAAAUCUCAUAAGCGCGGAAUGAAAGGGGACACCGUGAAUGUGCGGCGGAGUGUCCGGGUGAAAACCAAGGUACCUUGGAUGCCCCCUGGAAAAUCAUCCACCCGGCAUGUGGGAUGCAAGUGGGAGAAUCCACCUCACUGCCUGGAGAUCACACCACCAUCUUCAGAAAAGCUGGUCUCAGUGAUGCGGUUAAGUGACCUCUCUACCGAAGAUGACGACUCGGGUCACUGUAAAAUGAACCGUUAUGAUAAGAAGAUUGACAGUCUAAUGAACACGGUCAAGAUGCAGAAGGGAGAGCGCCAGAUGGCCAAAAGAUUCCUGGAGGAACGCAAGGAGGAGCUGGAGGAGGUGGCCCAAGAGCUGGCCGAGACCGAGCACGAGAACACGGUGCUGCGGCACAGCAUCGAGCGCAUCAAGGAGGAGAAGGACUUCACUAUGCUUCAGAAGAAACACCUCCAGCAGGAGAAGGAGUGCCUCAUGUCCAAGCUGAUGGAGGCUGAAAUGGAUGGGGCUGCUGCGGCCAAACAAGUCAUGGCCCUGAAGGAUACCAUCGGGAAACUGAAGACGGAGAAACAAAUGACCUGCACGGACAUCAACACCCUAACAAGGCAGAAGGAACUUCUCCUGCAGAAGCUGAGCACAUUUGAGGAGACCAACCGCACCCUCCGAGAACUGCUGAGGGAACAGCACUGCAAAGAGGAUUCCGAAAAGUUGAUGGAGCAACAAGGAACGUUAUUGAAACGGCUGGCAGAGGCGGACUCCGAGAAAGCGGGAGCUCAGACAGUGUGUGUGUGCCCUCUCCAGCGCCUGCUAUUACUGCUGCAAGACAAAGACAAGGAGGUGGAAGAGCUCCUCCAGGAAAUACAAUGUGAGAAGGCUCAAGCGAAGACAGCAUCUGAGCUUUCGAAGUCCAUGGAGACCAUGCGUGGGCAUUUGCAGGCACAGCUUCGGUGCAAAGAGGCAGAGAACAGUCGCCUGUGCAUGCAGAUCAAGAAUCUGGAGCGCAGCGGAAACCAGCAUAAGGCGGAAGUGGAGGCCAUCAUGGAGCAACUGAAGGAACUGAAGCAGAAGGGAGAACGAGACAAAGAGUCCUUGAAGAGGGCCAUCCGAGCCCAGAAAGAACGAGCUGAGAAGAGUGAGGAGUACGCUGAGCAGCUGCACGUGCAGCUUGCUGACAAGGAUCUUUAUGUUGCUGAAGCUUUAUCCACUCUGGAAUCAUGGAGGAGCCGCUACAACCAAGUUGUGAAAGACAAGGGGGACCUCGAGCUGGAAAUUAUUGUCCUGAACGACCGGGUGACAGAUCUUGUAAACCAACAACAAACCUUGGAGGAGAAGAUGCGGGAAGACCGGGACAGCCUGGUGGAGAGACUACACCGGCAGACUGCCGAGUACUCCGCUUUCAAGCUAGAGAAUGAGAGGCUGAAGGCUAGCUUCACCCCGAUGGAGGAGAAACUCAACCAGGCGCACGUCGAGGUUCAGCAACUGAAGGCAUCGGUUAAGAACUACGAGGGAAUGAUUGACAACUAUAAGAGUCAGGUGAUGAAGACCAGACUGGAGGCUGAUGAAGUGGCUGCCCAGCUGGAACGCUGUGACAAAGAGAACAAGAUCCUUAAAGAUGAGAUGAACAAAGAGAUUGAAACGGCGCGGAGGCAGUUCCAGUCCCAGCUGGCUGACCUGCAGCAGCUGCCUGAUAUUCUCAAGAUCACGGAGGCUAAGCUGGCAGAGUGCCAAGACCAGCUGCAGGGCUAUGAGAGGAAGAACAUCGACCUCACAGCCAUCAUAUCAGACCUGCGCAGCCGGAUCGAACAUCAGGGGGACAAGCUGGAGAUGGCAAGAGAGAAACAUCAGGCUUCCCAGAAGGAAAAUAAACAACUGAGUCUGAAGGUGGAUGAACUGGAGAGGAAACUGGAGGCGACCAGUGCCCAGAAUAUCGAGUUCCUACAGGUGAUUGCCAAGAGGGAGGAGGCAAUCCACCAGUCCCAGCUGCGACUAGAGGAGAAAACCCGGGAAUGUGGGACCCUGGCGAGGCAGUUGGAGAGCGCCAUUGAAGAUGCCAGGAGGCAGGUGGAACAAACCAAGGAGCACGCAGCCUCCAAGGAGCGAGCAGCCCAGAACAAAAUUCUGGACCUUGAGGCCCAGCUGAGCAGGACCAAGACUGAACUCAACCAGCUCCGGCGGAGCCGGGACGAUGCUGACCGCCGCUACCAGAGCCGCCUGCAAGACCUGAAAGACCGCCUGGAGCAGUCGGAGAGCACCAACCGCAGCAUGCAGAACUACGUCCAGUUCCUGAAGUCGUCCUAUGCCAACGUGUUUGGGGAUGGCCCCUACACUUCCUACCUAACGAGCUCUCCCAUCCGCUCCCGGUCUCCUCCUGCCUAAGGCGGCCACUCUUGGGCUAGGAGCUCGGAUGGAUGCUGUGGGAACUGAGGCUUUGCUAAGCCAUACCCAGAAAGCCUGUUGGUUUUCCUCUCUCGUCCUGUGAUGAAGUAUGUUCAGGGUCUUGUCUUAGCUACUAGCUCCAGAAAAGUGCCUGAAGCAGCAGGGGAUGAAGCAGAACCCACUUCGUUCUCUCCUCUCUGACAGCAUCGCCUGACGGAAGUUUUUAAUUACCCUGACAGGCCUUAAAGUUACUACUGUUAGGGUCAGAUUGUAACUCACCGUGACUUUGCUCAUUCCUUUCCCAAGAGAAUGUUUGGACUGGACUUGCCCUCCAGUUCCCUUACAGCUCUCUUCUUUUUAGGACUGUCUCUUGGGUUUUCCCUGACCUGAACCAGCAGGAGCUGUUCGCCAGAGGUCCUCACCGCACCUCAUGUUCACUUGCUGUUUCCCUUAUUUCACGGGUACGGUGUUUUCCCCAAGGUGCUCCCCUCCCAAGCCCAGUGGAAACCUCUCAUGGCCAAGUUUCCUCAAGGCCACUUGCCCUCACGCACUUGCCAAUAGACACUCGAGGGCUUAUGUCCAGUUCGCCUUGUAAAAGUACAAUCCCAAUCUCAUUGAUUUUUCUCUUUGCCAGGUUUGUAUCUGUGGAAUGCGUUUAUUCUUGAAACAUGUAUGUUGUUUUACAAAAACUUUUAUAAUCAGUAUUUAAGUCUCCAUCGGAUGAUUUCCUUUACCCGCCCCAGCCCUCUUCUAAAAAUGAUUCAGUAAAAUGCUGCAGGAGAGCCAGUAAACGUUUUUAAAGGAC